GGGCGAGCGAUGAUGCAACCGCGGGCAAUACUUGAGCUCCUCACUCAUAGGAGAGAAAGAAAUUUUGCCACAUAUGCAUAUUGACAUGGCAGCACGGUCGGAUAACAGCAACAUAAUUCUAACGGAUGAGCACGGGUGAUUGAGACGACUUUUAGGUAUUGCAGCAUUUUGCUAAAACAAUGCGUUUCUGCGAUGAGCAUCUGUUCAGGCACACAUAUUCUCCCUGUACCAUCAGCCCCAUCACAAUAUCCAGCUCUGGGAAGUCCGACAGCAUAUGUCGGUGUGGGUGAGAGAUACAGUGGAAGUGGAUCCAAAUGAGCAAGCAGCUGCAACAGAAGAUAACCAACACAAUUCAGAACGGUGUCAGUGUUAUACAGAAUCGGCCUCAUAAUAGUGCAGUGAACCCCACUAGCACAGCAGGACUGCAGCAGGUUCCUCAGUUAGUCCCAGUGAGUCCCGCAGGUGGGGGAAAGGCCACACCACCCAGCAAGAUGAAGAAGAACAUGGCAGAGAAAGACAGUGAGGAAUACCGCCAACGAAGAGAACGCAACAAUUUGGCAGUAAAGAAAAGCCGCAUGCGUAGCAAGCAGAAGGCACAGGACACCCAGCAACGUGUCAAUGAGCUCAAGGAGGAGAAUGAGAGACUGGAGGCCAAAAUAAAGUUGCUCAGCAAAGAACUGAGCGUGCUCAAAGACCUGUUUCUGGAGCAUGCUCAUAACCUCGCAGAUAACGUGCAGCCCCCUGCUUCUGCUGGAGGCCCCGGAGACCUCUGCAACAACAACAAUGGCAGUAACAACAACAGCAGCCAGUGAGGGGCUAUUGUUGGUGUGCAGUGUGCUAUACUGUGGGCCAUUGAGGCUCUUUAGGCAAAGCAUUUUAAUCGUAUUGCGCUUUCAUUUUCCCUUGUUCCUAGAAUUGCCUGCAAUGUUAACUUAUGUUUUCUCUUGUACACUUAAAUUCGGGUUUUUUUUCCAAAUGUAUUGUGUCUCAUGCUGAGACUUAUGACAUCAUUGCCAUAGCAACUACAGAAUGUCCAACCCACGCGAUUUGAUGUGCAAGAGAUAACCACCUUUUAUAGCCUAAUCUAUUUUAAAGCAUGUUUCAGUGUCUUGAAAUUUAGCAGUAUCUUAGAGGAAUGUGCUUGUCAGUGGAGAAUUUUAUUUUGUGGCCAAAGUAGGUUACAAAGAUUGAAGAUUGUAAAAGUUGAUUUAACAAUUUUACAAUAUGCGAGAUAAAUGUUUCAUCAGUGCAAAGGAAUUCACUCAAAUUAAAUUAAAACAGAAAAAAAGUUUAGUAACUUACUAUAUUCUUGUUUUUUUCCUGUCGGCUUGUCUUAAAUUAAACCGAUUUGUUGACCUUAAGUCUUAUAAAAAAGCAAAUAUUCUUUUUGUAUCCAUAGAAACAGACUCCAGACAGACAAAACAUAUUGCAUCAGACUCCAGACAGUAUCUGCAUUAACAGUAGCCCUUAAAUCCCUACAGUUAAGCCUCCAAUUCCGACAAGGGUGGAGGAGAAUUUGAGAAUAUUAGCUCUAGCCUGAAUUUUAGGGUGUUGGUAGCUCAAUUAAAACAAACUUAUUUCAUAACAGUUACUAUUGUGUCUGUGUAAAUACUCUUGAUGGGGCAGAUAAGAUAUAGAAUGAGAAAUGGCCUUUUGAAAAUUAGCCUUUAAAUUGCAGUCAUUUUGUUUCUCUGACACGUCUUGGUUAAGAUCAGUACGUGUGAAGUUUACAUCUGCAGCAGCAGGUGUUACUUUAGGUUAGUGGAUCAGCUUGGUAAUGUAGCCAAAUGACUUUUGCCCUCAUUGACUCUCAUAGGGCUGUGCGUUCUUGGAGUUGCUGUAGAUAGACUUUUGUACCUCAGGCUAUAUGUAAUAGCCUCACCAGACAGCCUUUAAGACCUGUAUUCCUGUUUAAGAGAAAAUUAAAGAGGGGUCUUGUUAGAUGUCUAAAGCAUCUUUAAUUGUAUUGUAUAUUUUCAUUUUCUAUAUCCAAUGUUUUAAACAUUUAAAACAAGCAUGAAAGGUAAUGCAUGAUUAGCACUAUUUAAACAACUAAAACGUUAUGCUUUAAAUUAGAAAAAAACAAGUUUUGUAUUGUAUCAGGCUGAGCUGAAAUAAAGCUACUGUGAUAAACUUCUUUAAAAAAGUCAAUAUUUUAAUUGAAUAUUUGAAUGGCCUAUUUUGCUUAAGUAUGAGGGUUGCUGGGCAACCUUGCUUUUUUACAUGAUGUAUAUUGGGUUUUUUGUGCAUUGUAAAUUAAAAUUGAAUAUAAAACA